UGUAUGCAUGUUUGUGUGUGUGGCUGCGCCCACCUUAACAGUUACCGCUACAAUAAACCAGUGCGAUUAGAGCAGCCCGUGGUUUCACUCGUGUCCUCGUACUCCUCACUGGCGACGAAUCGGUUAAAUCCCACGUGUUUCGCGAUAAAAUAAGAUGUCUGGUGCUAAUUUCGGUGUGUUGGAUACCUUUGAUCAUAACGUUCAAAGUUGGAACAGCUACAAAGGCCGAUUACAACAGUAUUUUAUCGCAAACGAUAUAGAUAAUGCGAAAGAUGCGACGGGAAUAAAAAGACGGGCCAUCUUACUAACGGCACUCAAGGAAGAAACGUACAAGCUCACAGCUGAUUUAGUCUUGCCAAAGCAACUGGACAGCGUGCCUUAUGAAGAUAUUAUAAAACUUCUGGAUAACCAUUUCACACCCAAGCGGGUUGGAUUCGGCGAGCGCCACAAAUUCUACGCCGCGGUGCAGCAGGCCGGUGAGACCCAUACACAAUGGGCCGCACGGCUACGCGGACUCACCGCUUAUUGUAGUUUCAGCAACGUGGAAGAGGCAUUACGCGAUCGGUUUAUCAUGGGUUUGCUUCCAGGCCUUGAAAAGGAAAAAUUGUAUGCGCAAAACAUCUCCGAGUUGACGCUAGCGAAAGCGGUCGAAUUUGCCGAAAAUAUUCGCUGUGCGCGCGCCGGGGCCACUGCAGCUGGCAUUACGCCUUCGUCGGGCGACGUUUACAAAAUCGCGUCAAAUAAACAACAAAAUAAGUCUGACGGGAAAGUGAAGUGUUCAACAUGCGGCUAUACUAAUCAUAAAGUGUCGGAGUGUCGGUUCACUAAUUACGUAUGCAAAAAGUGCAAAGUGAAGGGUCAUUUAGGUAGAAUGUGCCCUAGUGUUAAAUAUUUGGAUAUGAAUUACGAUGGCGAGGACGACGACGUCCUUGCAGAAUAAUAAACAAAACAGAAAAAGUAAACCAGUUUUUAAGCAAGGUGAUGUAGUAUUAUAUAAACAGUUUAAGGGCAAUAAUAAGUGUGCUUGGGGUAAAGGGAUAGUUGUUAAGAAAAUAGGACGAGUUUUAUAUAAAAUAAAAGACAUUUCUUCUAAUUUAAUGGUAAAAAGGCAUACAAAUCAACUUAUGCCACUGAAAGGGACGAUUACCAAUCGGAAUGCAAAUGAAUAUGACGACAUACCUGUAACGCCUGUACCGAUGUCGAGACACGUCGAUACGCCACCGCCAGCGCCGUCGCCUCCGCCGCCGCCAUCGUCGCCGCCGCCACUUCCGCCGUCGCAGCCUUCGCCGCCUCCUCCGCUAGCGCCGCCGCUGCCGCCUUCAUCGACAAGUGAGAUCCUAGAUACUAGGCCGGUUUCACCGCCACUUGACGACGAAAACGAGGCGCCAUCUGCGAGUACACCGUGUAACUCACCAUCACCUCCGACGGUUCGUCAGACAGGAAGCCCAUCAUAUUUCUAUAUGGGGGAAAAAAAGGAUGAUCGAAGACCAGAGACUGUCGCCCGAGCAAGGCAACAUGAGCAUCCGGCUCCAGCGAUUGCCGCUACCUCGGACGAGGAUGAUUUCCAAGAGGCGAUCGGGGAACCUAGACCAGGCGAGCCUCUUAGGGACCCACCACCAGUGGUGAACCCCAGAACAAGAUUGCGUAACCGUCCCAAGGUCAAUUAUAAAAUAUAGUUCACUAUAAUAUAGUUAUUUAGAGAUAGUACUUAUACUAGGGGAAGGGAAUGUUAUGUAUGCAUGUUUGUGUGUGUGGCUGCGCCCACCUUAACAGUUACCGCUACAAUAAACCAGUGCGAUUAGAGCA